AUGGAGUGGGCCCCCACGGUCGGCAAGAAGCCUGGCGAUGUUCUGAUUGUCGGCUCAGAUGAUGGCAAAUAUCGCCUUUUUGGCAAGACAAACCGCUUUGAAAAAACAGUGGACGCUCAUCAAGGGGCCAUCACAACCGUACGCUGGAGCAGCGACGCAAGCUCCUGCCUCACUGCGGGAGAGGAUGGUGCGCUCAAAGUGUGGUCUCGCAGCGGCAUGCUGCGGUCUGUGCUGGCUCAAGCCGCUUGGGGGCCUGGCAGCAAUAGCGUCGUCUUUGGUGCCGGCAAGACGCUGGUGGUCCAGCCCAUGAACCCUGGAAGCAAGGGCGAGAGCUGGAAGGCCCAUGAGGGCAUCGUCCUGGCGGUUGAUUGGUCGGUCACGAGUGGGCAGAUCGUAUCUGGCGGCGAGGAUUGCCGCUACAAGGUCUGGGAUAGCCUUGGCCGGGUUCUGUACACGUCCAGCGUCCAUGAACAUCCUAUCACAUCCUUGCGCUUCAACCCUGCCAGCACACACUUUGCAGUGGCGGGUUACAACAUGCUGCGGCUCUGCGAUGCAGCCGGUUGGUCGGCUGCGUUGGCCAACACUGAUGGCGGAUCGGUCUAUGAGUUGGCCUGGUUACCCGAUGGAACGGCUGUUGCGGGGGCUUGUGCCGACGGCCAAGUUUUUGUGGCUGACAUUGUUGGCCAUAGCAUCAAUGAUGAUCGCUACGAGGUGACGCAAAGUGCCCCGGACACACUCACUGUGCGCCGUAUUUUGGAAAACACCACCGAUGUCCUGGAGCUGCGCGAGCGGCUGGUGAUGAUGGAUUUGACCAGCGAGUAUCUUGUGGCCAUCACCACAUCGCAGUGCUUGAUUUAUCGCACGGCGACCUUCAGUACUCCGCUGGCCGUGGAGCUCAAGGCCCCGGUCGUCAUGAUGAAACUGGCCAGCAGCUGCCUGCUUUUGGUGGAUAGUGGAGGCAACUUGGCGGUCUACAGCAUGGAUGGUCGGCUGAUGAGCAAUCCCAAGGUGCCCAACAUGACAGCAGAGGCCGUUACUCUGGCUCAGAUCACGUUAAACAACGACACGCUCGCGAUUGUGCAUCCCAAAGACGAUAAGCAGUUUAUGACUUUUGACGUACAGUCGGGCAAGGAGCUUCGUAAACCCGUGACCCACAGUGUGGGCAUUGCGUCGCUGGCGCUGGAGCAAAGUGCGGAUGGGCGUACUACCUACUUGGCCCUCGUUGAUAAGAACCGGGACUUGUACCUGAGUCAGCCGCGUCGGAGCCAGCCGCGGCUAGAGAAGCUGGCCUCGAUGAUUCAGGAUGUCGCCUGGCACGGUUCCGUGCAUAUGAUUGUGGCUCUACUGGACGGCAAGCUCUCGACCUGGUUGUACCCCAGGUAUGUUGAGUUGUUUUUGCCACUGAUGCAAGCUGGCAAUUGCACACGCAACUCGUGCCUCGUGCGCCGCGCCGACGGGGCCAAGAUCACAUUGGUGGCUCCAUCCUACGCUGCCAUGCUGCACGGCUUUGUCAAGCAGAACAAGUGGAAUGAGGCCGUGCGCUUGGCUCGGCUCGUUAAGGAACGCUCGGCAUGGGGUUGCUUGGCUGCUAUGGCCACGCACGCCAAACAGCUGUCCACGGCAGAGAUUGCAUAUGCAGCAGUGGAUGCCGUGGACAAGGUUGCACAGAUUCAGUACAUCAAAUCUUUGCCUACAGAGGAGUCCCGCAAUGCCGAAAUGGCAUUGCUGUCAAACCAGGCACAAGAAGCCGAGUCCCUGUUACUCCAAAGCGGAUUGAUUUAUCGCGCGAUCGACAUGAAUUGCAGCCUGUGCCGCUGGGAUCGAGCCUUGGACCUGGCCAUCAAGCACAAGACGCAUGUUGACACAGUCUUGGGUUUGAGACAGCAGCAUCUCCAGGCCAUGGGCCAGCGCGAAAGCUUGCCCAAGUUCAUUGAGUACGCCGAGCGCGUCGACGUUGAUUGGACCGCAGUUGAGGCCAAGAUUGCCGAGGAAUGGGACGCCGAGCGCGCUCGCCCGGGUGCUCGCCCUUACGCUGCCUAA